UCCGUCCUUACAUAGUCCUGUGCAUCGUCACAUCCUUGGACUUUUGUUUUUACCAUAUUCGCGUUACCGAAUUCAGAGAUUAAGGCGAUCAGAGAAGCUUGACGAGACUUGUGCACUUCUAGUUCUUCAGGCAGGCUAAGCACACCCUGCACGACAAUCUCACUUUCAACGCCAUCAGAUCAUGGCUGAAGAGAUUGUGAUAGACAAGACUUCGUUUUUCAAUCGGUUGUCAAGCUUCUACACGGCAUGGAGAGCGGACAAACGCUCAAGUCACCCCACAUUUGGUGGUGUUGGCUCGAUUGUCAUCUUAAUGGGCAAGACUGACGAGGCGAAUACUUUUCAAAAGAAUAACGCUAUGCAUUUCUGGUUGCUUGGUUAUGAGUUUCCAGCCACGCUUCUCGUCUUUACGUUGGAAGCUGUUUAUGUUGUGACAACUGCGAAGAAAGCCAAGCAUCUUGAGCCGUUGAGGGGUGGCAAGAUCCCAGUUGAAAUACUGGUUACAACAAAGGAUCCUGAAGGGAAAUUGAGGUCUUUCGAGAAAUGCAUUGAAGUCAUCAGAAGCACUGGUAAUAAAGUCGGUGUUUUACCGAAGGACACAACUGCAGGUCCCUUCGCCGAAGACUGGAAGCGCACUUUUGCGACAUUAUCUGGCGAAAUAGAGGAAGUUGACAUUUCGCCGGCUCUGUCGGCUGCAUUUGCAGUGAAAGAUACCGACGAGUUGGUGUCCAUAAGAAACGCUUCACGAGCUUGCAGUGGCUUGAUGUCUGAAUACUUUGUGGAGGAAAUGUCACGCCUUCUCGACGAAGAAAAGCAAAUGACUCAUAAGGCUCUUUCCGCGCGGGUCGAUGCAAAAAUCGACGACGCUAAAUUUUUCAACAAACUGGGCAAACUACCGGCCGAGUUCGACGCUCAACAGAUUGACUGGGCCUAUGGACCCGUCAUUCAAAGCGGGGGAAAGUAUGACCUUAGACUCACAGCAGUGUCUGAUAACAGCAAUCUCGAACCGGGCAUUAUUAUCGCUGGAUUCGGGAUACGGUAUAAGACUUACAGUUCAAUGAUUGCGCGGACCUACUUAGUGGAUCCGAGUAAGUCUCAAGAGACAAACUAUGCCUUUCUUCUGGCUUUACAUGAAGCGGUUAUGAGAGAUGUGCGCGACGGCACAAUCGCCAAAGACCUAUACAACAAGGCGAUCAAUUUAAUCCGGACGAAGAAACCGGAACUUGAGUCCCACUUCGUCAAGAGUGUCGGUGCUGGUAUCGGAAUUGAGCUUCGAGACCCUAACAUGGUGCUGAAUGGGAAAAACAGCAGAACACUGAAAAGCGGCAUGACUCUCUCUAUCACAGUGGGACUAACAGACGUUGAAGACCCGGAAUUGAAAGGAAGCAAGAGUUCAACUUACUCUAUGGUCAUCACAGACACCGUUCGUGUGGGAGAAAAUGGGCCACAUGUGUUCACCAAGGAUGCAGGUCUUGACAUGGACUCCGUAUCAUUCUACUUCGGAGACGAAGAUGAACCUCAAAAACCCAUCAAGGAGAAAAAGGAAGCGAAAACCAGUGCUAUCGCUAGCAGGAACAUCACAAGAACGAAGCUCCGAGCGGAACGGCCAACUCAAAUAAAUGAAGGUGCUGAGGCGCGUCGCCGCGAGCACCAAAAGGAGCUAGCCGCUAAAAAGACAAAAGAGGGCCUUGAUCGAUUUGCUGGAACUACCGGAGACGACAAUGGAGUUACGCAGAAAAAAUUCAAACGGUUCGAAUCGUACAAGAGGGAUAAUCAAUUGCCAACAAAGGUGAGAGAUCUCACGAUAUAUGUUGACCAAAAAGCAUCUACAGUAAUAGUUCCCAUAAUGGGUCGACCAGUCCCGUUCCAUAUCAACACAAUCAAGAAUGCAAGUAAAAGCGACGAGGGCGAAUAUGCGUACCUCCGCAUCAACUUCCUUUCCCCCGGCCAGGGAGUUGGUAGGAAGGACGACCAGCCUUUCGAGGAUCUGUCGGCUCAUUUCCUGCGAAACCUGACUCUUCGUUCUAAGGACAACGAGAGGCUGGCUCAGGUUGCCCAGGAUAUCACUGAACUGAGAAAAAAUGCUUUGAGGCGGGAGCAAGAAAAGAAGGAGAUGGAAGACGUCGUAGAGCAAGACAAGCUCAUUGAGAUCCGAAACCGCCGUCCUGUAAAGUUACCUGACGUCUAUCUUCGGCCUCCUUUGGAUGGGAAGCGCGUUCCGGGUGAGGUCGAGAUACAUCAGAACGGUCUUCGAUACAUGUCUCCGUUCCGGAAUGAACACGUCGACGUGCUCUUCAGCAAUGUGAAACAUUUGUUCUUCCAGCCGUGUGCUCACGAGUUGAUUGUCCUCAUUCACGUCCAUCUCAAAACGCCUAUCAUGAUUGGGAAAAGGAAAACGAGAGAUGUGCAGUUUUACCGGGAGGCCACCGAGAUGCAAUUCGACGAGACUGGCAAUCGCAGGCGCAAACAUCGCUAUGGAGAUGAAGAGGAAUUCGAGGCCGAACAAGAAGAAAGGCGACGCAGAGCAGCAUUGGACAGAGAAUUCAAGGCUUUCGCUGAGAAGAUAGCCGAUGCCGGGAAAGACGAGGGCGUUGAUGUCGACAUACCAUUUCGAGAGAUUGGUUUCACUGGCGUCCCCAACCGCUCCAAUGUUCUGAUACAACCGACCACUGACGCCCUCGUGCAAUUGACGGAACCACCCUUCCUAGUCAUCACCCUGAAUGAGAUUGAAAUUGCCCAUCUCGAGAGAGUGCAGUUUGGUCUCAAGAACUUUGACCUAGUCUUCGUAUUCAAGGACUUUCACAGGGCCCCUGUUCAUAUAAACACGAUCCCGGUUGAGUCCUUGGAAGGCGUGAAAGAUUGGCUGGAUUCCGUCGAUAUUGCUUUCACCGAGGGACCUCUGAACCUCAACUGGACAACCAUCAUGAAAACGGUUGUGAGUGAUCCUUACGGUUUCUUUGCGGAUGGAGGUUGGUCCUUCUUAGCCGCAGAGUCUGAUUCGGAGGACGGAUCGGAAGAGGAGGAGGAGUCUGCAUUUGAGCUUUCCGAGUCGGAAUUGGCGGCGGCAGAUGAGAGCUCUGAGGACGAUAGCGAAUUUGACGACGAUGCUAGCGCAGAGGCAAGUGAUUUCAGCGCAGAAGAAGAGAGUGGUGAAGAUUGGGAUGAGCUCGAAAGGAAAGCUAAGAAGAAGGAUAGGGAAGGCGGCUUGGAUGAUGAAGAACAUGGCAAGAAGCGAAAACGGUAGCGUGGUUUAUGCGACUUCUCGUCCAAAUACUCUUGAGUUUCAUCGAUCCGCCUUUCAUCGACUACUCUUUCAUAUAGAUUAUCUUCGAUAAUAAUGGUCAUGUAUUGGCUCAGUAGAAUCUUGCGGAUAGGGCUAUGGGCUUUGCUUUGACAGUGUAUCUGGGUAGAUGAAUAAUGGCUAA